AUGGUGUUCCUAAUCCCUGUCCGGGAAGAUCCCAGUGAUCCCCAACCCCGCGAGAUCUACAAUUGGAGAGUUGUGGCCGUCGCUUUAGCCGCAGCAUGGGGAUCUUCUAUGUUUGGAUAUGAUAGCGCCUUCAUUGGCGGAACCAUGGCGCUCCCUUCUUUCCAGAGUGCUUGGGGCCUCACCGAUGCCUCUGACGCGAGCCGCACAGCUCUAUCCGCCCAUAUCGUCUCUACCUUCCAGGCCGGCUGCUUCUUCGGUGCACUUCUUGUCUACUUCACCAAUGAUCGCCUCGGACGUAAACCCUCACUCAUCGGAGCGGGUGUCAUUUUCAAUAUUGGAGUUAUCUUGCAAUUGAUCGGUGGCGUUUCCAUUGGGCUCUUUUAUGCCGGUCGAGCUUUGACUGGUCUUGGAGUCGGCUCAUCAUCUGUCGUCAUCCCGCAGUACAUCGCCGAGUGUGCCCCAGCUGCCAUCCGCGGCGCACUCGUCGGUCUCUUCGAAAUCAUGCUACAGCUGAGCGCUGUGUGUGGUUACUGGGUUAACUAUGGUGUCAAUCGAAACAUCUCAGGCACGAACCCUGCACAGUGGCGGAUUCCCGUUGGCGUGCAGUUGGUUCCUGGGACAUUGUUGAUCCUCGGCAUGUUGUGGGCCGUCGAAUCUCCCCGCCACUCCGUUGCAAAGGGACUUCACGAAAAAGCCAUCAAGGAUCUUCAAUGGCUCCGGAAUCUUCCAGCAGACCACCCCCAUAUUCGUACGAUGAUUUCCAACAUUCAGAACCAACUGGAGCAUGAGGGCGUGUCAUCCACCCAGGGUGGAGGCAAUUUCCGUUCCGUUAUCCGCGAAACAUUCAGCAGCGCAGUGCUUCCACGUCUCAUGAUUGGAAUCUGGAUCCAGCUCUUCCAGAACUUCACAGGUAUCAACGGCAUUAACUACUUCUCACCCACCAUAUUCAAGUCCAUUGGAUUCACCGGGACCUCGGUCGGUCUGCUGGCAACCGGAGUCUACGGAGCGAUCAAGAGUAUCUUCUCGAUCAUCUCUUUUAUGUUCCUCGUCGACCGAUUUGGAAGACGUCCCCUUCUCUUGCUGGCAUCUGUUGGAUGUUGCUUCACCCUGUUUUAUCUUGCCGGCUACGCCUCUUUGACUCACUCGUUUGAAGGUGGCGCGGAUAAGAAUGCGGCAGCGUAUAGUGCCAUCGUGAUGGUGUAUCUAUUUGCCAUUUCUUACGUCUCUGGUUGGAACCUGAGCUGGAUUGUCUGCUCCGAACUGUUUCCCACCCACGUCCGAAGCUUCUGUCUCACGAUUACUACCUGCUCCCAGUGGCUCGGCCAAUUUAUCGUGGUAUACUCAACCCCAUACAUGAUCGAAAGUAUCUCCUACGGCGUAUUUAUUUUCUUUGGUUGCAUGACUGCCAUCGCUUUCGCGUUUGUGUACUUCUUCGUGCCGGAAACGAAAGGAGUUGCCUUGGAGGACAUGGAUAUUCUCUUUCAAGAAACCACUGGCUUCGCUUCCAAGAAGAGAAAGCAAGAGCGGAGGGCAAACAAGUUGGACGGCGAGGAAGCUCAACAUGUUGAGAAUUUAGACAAGGUGGCCUAA